AUGCAAGGAAGCGACUCCCACCAGGCCGGAGGCGGGGUCAGCGGCGAUGCCACGUCGGUGCCGACCUUGAACCCCACUCUCAGUCGUUAUGUCAAUGCCGUCUUCAAUUCACAUGCCGACAAGAACACUGGGAAGUGGUCCAAGGAUCAGAUCGCCACUUUUCUCCGGGUUGUCCAGGGCGACUAUGGUACUGAGCCUCCGUCAGCCUUGCUGAAGCAGUCCGAUCUCGACCGGGAUGGCUUUGUCUCCUACAUGCUCUCCCCUGAAUCCAGCAUCGUCGGCCCAGCCAAAGACCAGGACCUGUCGUGGCCGCUCGCAAGCUACUUUAUAAGCUCGAGCCACAACACCUACUUGACCGGGAAUCAGCUUUACAGCCUGUCGAGUACCGAAGCAUACACCAACGUUUUACGCCGCGGCUGUCGCUGUAUUGAGGUUGACGUCUGGGAUGGAGACGCCUCCGACACCGAGGUCUCAAGCAUCAGCAGCGACGACGAUGAUCCCGAGAAGUAUGCGAAACGGAAAGAGCGCGUUAGUCAACUCAAGGACAAGAUUCCCAAGUCUCUCACGUCUCGCUUCAGAGAAUCAUCCCUUGCCAAGCGCCUGGGGCAGUUUGUGGACAGCAAAACCGAGCCCAAACAACCGCCGGCCUCGGCAUCAAACGUUCAGAGCUCCGGUGGUCUGUCGCCCUCACCUCUGACCCGCGGUGGUCAUGAGGUUAGCACAAACGAUCAGAACCCAUCUGCUCUGCAGAAGACACAGACUCAGGACGUGCAGGUGAUUGAGCCAAAGGUCUAUCACGGCUAUACUCUCACAAAGGAAGUAUCAUUUCGGGACGUCUGCUACGCUAUCAGAGACGAUGCCUUCACGGCCUCGGACCUACCGCUGAUAGUCAGCCUUGAGGUUCACUGUGGACCGGAACAGCAGCUGUGCAUGGUUGAUAUAAUGGAAGAGGCAUUUCAUGGGUAUCUUGUACCCAGGCCAGCCGAAGAUGCAGUAGUGCUGCCGGCCCCCGAAAAUCUCCGAAACAAGAUCUUGAUCAAGGUCAAAUACGCCCCGCCAGUCGAUGCUGCUGACGUAGUCGGUUCUUCGCCCUCGCCGGCGGAGAAUGUGCAGGAUGGCGCUGUCCAGGCUGCCACAGACUCUGCCACGUCAAUUCCGUUGUCGUCAACGUCAGAAACGCUAUCUCCCUCAACCACGAGUCCAACUUCGGACGCGCCAAAGAAAAAGAAGAAAAGCAAAAUCAUUCAAAAGCUCAGUGACAUGGGCAUUUUCACCCGUGGGAUCUCGUUCAAGAGCCUCACUCAGCCCGAGGCUGUGAUGCCCACCCACAUCUUCUCAGUAUCCGAGAAGGCUGUAUUGGACUUGCACGAGAAGUACGCGCAAGAGCUAUUUGAGCAUAAUAGGCACUAUUUGAUGCGAACUUAUCCGUCUGGCAUGCGCAUUGGCUCGUCAAACCUCGAUCCUGUGGUAUUUUGGAGAAAAGGAAUUCAGAUUGUCGCAUUGAACUGGCAGAACUGGGAUGAGGGAAUGAUGCUCAACGAAGGGAUGUUCGCAGGUACCAAGGGCUACUUGCUCAAGCCAGAAGGGUAUCGAGGCAGCAAGUUGGCUGCCACUUCGACCUCAACACAGGGGCAAACGCAGACUACGGCAGUUAGACACCGAACCCUCGAUCUUGCCGUCGAGGUUUUUGCUGCACAGAACAUUCCCCUUCCGACAGGGGAUGAGAAGGUGAAGUCCUUUCGGCCUUAUAUCAAGUGUGAACUCCACGUGGAGGAACCUGGUGAACGGCAUGGAGGAGCUAAUGCCGUUCCCCACAACGGCCGAGAGAAGGAAGGCGAGUUCAAGGCUCGUACUAAGACGAUCAAGGGCACGGUUGACCCUGACUACGGUGGUGAAAUCCUCAAUUUCUCUGCGAUCGAAGGUGUGGUCGAGGAACUCUCGUUUUUGAGGUUCACUGUUCGUGAUGACGAGCUAGGCAGGGAUGAUCUGGCAGCUUGGGCAUGCGUCAGGCUUGACAGGCUCAGGACUGGGUAUAGGAUUAUCCGCCUUCUUGACGGUAAGGGAAUGGAGAGUGACGGGCUGGUUCUGGUCAAGAUUUCCAAAAGGAUCUAUGACUGCUAA